CGGGCGCAGGGCAGGCAGGCAGGCAGGCAGGCAGGCGGCGGGCCCGGAGGAUCGAACCUUCCACUCGCGCGCGGAGCUGCUGCGUUCCAGCCUGGCCAUGGCCGCGGCGCCCCUGCAAGUGUGCAUCGUGGGCUCCGGCAACUGGGGGUCAGCUGUUGCGAAAAUCAUUGGUAACAAUGUCACGAACCUUAAGAAGUUUGCCUCCACCGUCAAGAUGUGGGUCUUUGAAGAAACAGUUAAUGGGAGAAAACUGACAGACAUCAUAAAUAAUGAUCACGAGAAUGUGAAAUAUCUCCCUGGGCACAAGCUGCCAGAAAAUGUGGUUGCUGUCCCGAACCUCAGCGAGGCAGUGCAGGACGCAGACCUGCUAGUGUUUGUCAUUCCACACCAGUUCAUCCACAGAAUCUGCGAUGAGAUCACCGGCAAAGUGCCCAAGAAAGCCUUGGGGAUCACCCUGAUCAAGGGCAUCGACGAGGGCCCCGAGGGGCUGAAGCUCAUCUCCGACAUUAUCCGGGAGAAGAUGGGCAUUGAUAUCAGCGUGCUAAUGGGUGCCAACAUCGCCAGUGAAGUGGCUGCGGAGAAGUUCUGUGAGACAACCAUUGGCAGCAAAGUAAUGGCAAAUGGCCUUCUCUUCAAGGAGCUCCUGCAGACUCCAAAUUUUCGAAUCACCGUCGUGGAUGACGCUGACACUGUUGAACUAUGUGGUGCUCUUAAGAAUGUCGUGGCUGUGGGGGCUGGCUUCAGCGAUGGCCUCGGAUGUGGAGACAACACCAAGGCAGCUGUCAUCCGCCUGGGGCUCAUGGAGAUGAUCGCCUUUGCCAAGAUCUUCUGCAAGGGCCAGGUGUCCACGGCCACUUUUUUGGAGAGCUGCGGUGUGGCUGAUCUCAUCACCACCUGCUAUGGUGGCCGCAACCGCAGAGUGGCUGAGGCCUUCGCCCGAACAGGAAAGACCAUUGAAGAACUCGAGAAGGAGAUGCUAAAUGGACAGAAGCUGCAAGGACCUCAGACAUCAGCUGAAGUGUUCCGCAUCCUCAAACAGAAGGGACUGGUGGACAAGUUUCCAUUGUUCACUGCAGUCUACCAGAUCUGCUAUGAAGGCAAACCCGUCCAGGAAAUGCUGUUAUGUCUGCAAAGACACCCAGAACAUUUAUAAAAUGAAUCCCAUUGCGAGUCAAGAAAAGCUCUCCCUUUCUGAUCAAUCUUUUGGAGAAACCAGAACUUGGCAACCAGAUGUUGGCUUGACUUUAAUCCUAUCAGGGAAAUGUGUGAAUUUGUACAGGUUCAUUUUU